AUGACCGGCCGGGAUGCGCUCUCCGACGGGCGCGCCAGGAGCAGGGCGCUGGUGCCAGGCGGUAUUCCCACGAGUUCGCGCCCCCGGGGUUUUGCCAUCACCGACCUGCUGGGCCUGGAGGCCGAGCUGCCUGCCCCCAGCCGCCCGCCGCCCGCGCUCGGCCGCCAGAAGCGCCGCGAGAGCGUCUCGACGUCCGAUGAGGACAGCCCAUCUGAAGACAGGAGUGACCUUCAGGAAUCCCCCUCCCCAGGCAAGAGGAAGAAGCGGAGGCACAGGACUGUUUUCACUGCCCACCAGCUGGAAGAGCUGGAGAAGGCGUUCAGCGAGGCCCACUACCCUGACGUGUAUGCCCGGGAGAUGCUAGCCAUGAAAACUGAGCUCCCUGAAGACCGAAUACAGGUCUGGUUCCAAAACCGGAGGGCCAAGUGGCGCAAGCGCGAGAAGCGCUGGGGCGGCAGCAGCGUGAUGGCCGAGUACGGGCUCUACGGCGCCAUGGUGCGGCACUGCAUCCCGCUGCCCGAGUCUCUGCUCGGCGCCGCCGAGGGCGGCCUGCGCGGCGCCUGCGCGCCCUGGCUCCUGGGGAUGCACAAAAAGUCCACCGGGAUGGUAAGGAAAUCAGGAAGCGAAGACGAACCGGCAGGACUCUGGAGCUCUGACCACCUCAGAGGAGGUUCCAGCCAGAGCCAGGCAGCGCAGCCGAGAGGCUCCGACCAGGCGCGCCCUGAGAACUGCGUGGAAGACGUGGCCAUGGAUCUCUCCAGCUCCGCCCGGCAGGAAGCCGAGAAGGCACCCCGGGAAGCCAGUGCGCAAGGGCGCCCCCACUCUCCAGGGGAGGCCGGAGCCCUCUGAGAUCAGGCGCACCUUCAAAGCUGGAAAUGCGCAUGUUCCUCAGGGCAUUUUUCAAAGGACAAAAAUGGCCCAAGACCAAUACUCUCAUUCCGUUCAAUUUCUUACAGUUCAGGACAGAACGCAAUGCCACCUGCUUUAAGAGGACAGAUGGGUGGCUUGGGGGAAAUUCCAUUUCAUUCUAGAAUGGAAACCAUUCUUUAAAGGCACCAGUUAAUUGGUUAUUAAUGGUAAAUUAACCAGUUAAUUUGGUGUAACAUCGCUAUUUUCUCUUGUAGAACUGGAGCGGGGACAAUUUGAAGUUCAAAAAGCAUUUUUACUGUUGAUGCAUCAUUGGUGAUGUUGUUCAAUGUGCUUUGUAGAUGAAUAGGUCGCUUCCGACAUCCUUGCCCUGAAUUAGAAAAUACAAACUUCUCUAAUGACGGGAAGAAUCCAUGCAGGUGCAUGGAUGAAUUAUAGUACCAUGACCUUGACCUUGAACUUGACCUUGGACAUUCCAGCAUUCUUGUUAGGUAGUAACUGUGCUCCCUGAGUGUCAUUUGAAGGGUUACACACGUUGGCACUCAUAAACGACAGAGAGCCAUAGCCCCCAAUCCCCACCCCCGCUUCUGAAAUAGCAUGGCGCUUAGUUCCACAGAGAUUGGCUCUCUGGAAGCUGCUUUAUGGUCAGGCCAGACUUCUUGGUCUUUUAUGUUGGAAAAGCACUUUAGUGACUUGGAUUUCUUGAAUGUUUGGUUUCCUAAGUUUCUUUUGCUACGUACUUAUUAUAAAAUAAAUGUUUUGUGGUGUGUUUGCUUCUCAGGGAGUUCCUUCUGUUACUAACACGAACAUCUCCACCAUCCCUGUGCCCUGAGUUUACUGUUAGCUAUUUUAUUUAUUUAUUUAGU